CAACAUCAGGUGCAAUUAUCAGGAAUGGAAUUUCGGCCAAUUGAUUAGAAAUACUUUUUACAUGAGAAAGAUUAAUUAAGACAUGAUCCUUUUGCAGAUAGUUUAGAAUAAUAUUUCUCGUUGUUUAAAAGGAGAACAAUAUGUCAUUUCUUACUGUGUAUUUCGAAUAAGUAAAAAGGCUUAUAGCUGUGUUCUUUAUUGGUCUAAUGAUCCCUUCUAUCAUAUUGCAAGCAGAGUAUAUUGAAGUUGAUGUUGAUGAGGGCGUAGGUGAGUUUUAGAUGAAGGAUACAUGGGAUCCACCGAUCAGUAUAUAUAUGUUUUCGAAAUCUGAUGAUUUGUUAUUAGAUGUUCAAUUAUAUUUGAAUGGUAAACCAAUAGAAGAAUUUACCAUUUAAGAAAAAUUGAUAAUUGAUACUUAAUACAUUAUAAAGAGUGAAAAAUCUUAGACUUUUAGUAAGCUUAUUUUUAACAUAAGGGAAGCAGUUAGAUUGAUGGCACAAUUCGAUUUCGUUCCUGCAUCUUAUUUAAUUAUAAUUGUUGUGAUGCUUGUUAUAUCACUACUGUACUCAAUCAUAACUUAUGCUCGUUACAGAUAACUCUGA